AGUUUGACGGGUAUUUUCCGUGUGGAAAGGGACCUGAACGGAAAAGGAGUAAACCACUAUUUUUGAAAGUGUCAGCGGCCUGGUUUACCAAAACCAAAAAGCACAGGACAAAAGCAUAAUAUUUCAUUCCUCCAAAUUAAACAAAUCAAAACGUUUAUUCCGUUCUGAUCUUCUCUGCAGCAAUCCAACUCUUCCAUGGCUGUUAAGUUUCAGACUCUGAUCUUUAUCAACCUGAUGGUUGUGUUUUUCAUUUCUGUCUUACCUUUCGCUUAUUCCCAAGGUUCUCCUCAAAAUAUUGAAGUUUUUUACCCAUCUGCUCCAUCUCCUGCCCCAGAUCCAAUUUCACCAAAACCUUCAAGUGCUCUUCCAGGUCCAGAAAGAUCAUUAGAUUCACAACCACCGCCACCAUCAUCACCAUCUUCAUCGAAUGACACCAAUAGUACUAUUGCAAAGGCAGUUGCUGCAACUGCUGCCAGCACUAUAGUUAUUGCAGGAAUAUUCUUCUUUUUCAUUAGAAAAUAUGUUGUUGCACAACGCAAAAGAGAGAGAGUUGGGGAUAGUUUGCGGGGAGGUCAGGCUAGAGUGCUUCCAGAUGACUUUGCAAGAGUUAAUGGACCUAUAAAGGGAUUAAUUGUAGAUGAGAAUGGUUUAGAUGUGCUUUAUUGGCGACAGCUUGAAGACGGAGAAAGCAAAAACGGCUUCCAUAAAGAGAUUUUGCAUAGUCCAAAGGAUGAAGAAGAAGGAGGAAUGGUUCGAAAAGGAAGUCGAAGCAAGAAGGUAGAGCCUGUACAGGAAAUUCCUCUGCUUCGUGGGAAGUCAUCCACUUCCCAUGUUCCACCUCCUGAAGAUGUUGAUGAUGAUGAUUCAAGUGAAAAUAUAGGUCCUCUACCUCCUCCCCCAUCUCAUGGGAUUGUCCUAAAAGCAGUAGAGAAAAGGGAAGCACCGGUUCAAUCAAAAUUUUUGCCUCCAGCAUCAAUGCAACCUGCACAACCUCCAACGCCACCACCACCACCUCCAUUACCAAUUCAAAACAAUAAUAGAAGUCCGGUGACUCCUCAGCCUCCACCCCCACCAGCUCCUCCAGUUCCAGCAAAAACUCCUGUCUCACCACCUCCACCUCCUAACAAAGCGGGUGGUUCAGCUACGUUUCUGAAACCUCCUCCAGCAGCCAGUGAUAAGUCUAGUAGGGGUAAAUCAGGGGAGUCUUCUGGAGAUGGUGCCACGGACGGAAAUAAUCAGAUGAAAUUGAAGCCAUUGCACUGGGAUAAGGUGAACAAGAAGAAUGUUGGUCAUUCGAUGGUGUGGGACAAAAUCAAUGGCGGUUCUUUUAAGUUCGAUGAUGAUCUUAUGGAAGCUUUAUUUGGAUAUGUUGUAACAAAUAGGAAAUCCGCUACUGGUAGUAGUAACUCAAAGAAUACAACGAGUACAAACGCUAGCCCAUCAGCACAAAUCAUGGUUCUUGAUGCCCGAAAAUCCCAGAACAUAGCAAUUGUGCUCAAAUCUUUGGCUCUCUCUCGUAGGGAACUCCUUGAAGCCCUAAAUGAAGGACACGGGCUUGAAGCAGAUACUGUUGAAAAGCUCAUGAGAAUUGCCCCCACAGAAGAAGAACAAUCCCAAAUCCUUGAUUUUGAUGGAGAUCCAACAAGACUUGCCGAUGCUGAAUCCUUUUUGUUCCACAUUUUAAACGCUAUUCCCUCAGCCUUCAUACGUCUUAAUGCCAUGCAAUUUAGAACAAACUAUGACUUGGAAAUUCUCCUCAUGAAGGAGUCUUUACAAACACUAGAGUUUGGGUGCAAGGAGCUUCGCUCUCAAAGACUGUUUAUGAAACUCCUAGAAGCAAUACUCAAGGCUGGCAAUCGCAUGAAUGCUGGAACUGCCCGAGGGAAUGCUCAAGCUUUUAACCUUAAUUCACUACUUAAGCUCUCUGACGUUAAAAGCACUGAUGGAAAGACUACUCUACUCCACUUUGUGGUAGAAGAAGUAGUCCGGUCCCAGGGAAAGAAAUGUUUUAUCAGCAGAAGUCAUAGCCUUAGUCGCAGCAGCAGCAGCAGCAGAAGCAGCAACAUUAGCAGCUCUGAUCAUUCAACACCAAAAGAGGAGGACAGAGAGAAGGAAUAUAUUAUGCUUGGAUUACCAGUAGUAGGAGGCCUAAGUGCUGAAUUCACUAACGUGAAAAAAGCAGCCACAGUAGAUUUCAACACAUUUUCUGGCACUUGCUCAGCUCUUACUGCUCGUGUAGCAGAAGUUAAACAGCUUGCAUUGCAAUGUGUGGCUGAUGGAAAAGGGGGAUUUGUACAAGAAAUGAAAGGGUUUCUUGAUCAUGCUGAAGAGGAACUGAACGCUAUAAGAGAGGAGCAAAAAAGAGUGAUGGAUCUUGUAAGAAGAACCAAAGAGUAUUAUCAAGCAGGGGCUUCAAAGGAUCCUUUCCAAAUAUUUGUUAUAGUUAGAGACUUUCUAGGUAUGGUCGACGGGGUCUGUGCAGAAAUAGCAAGGAAUCAACAAAGAAGGAAGUCAUCAACUGCAAAUUAUGGAUCACAAUCACCAAAUUUACAAGAAUCAAGAACCAAAAUGAGGUUCCCAGUCUUGCCAUCAAAUUUCAUGACAGGCAAGUCCAGGAUCAAUUCUAGCGAUACAGAUGUAGAUUCAUGAACAGGAACAGAUCUUCAUCACAAAGUCUUUGUACAUAAAAUUCAUACGAAAAUUCUAGAUUCGGAACAAGUAUAGCAAAAUUAUUUUUAAAUUCUUCCAUUUUUUUUGUACUAAAUUUUGAUGAUGUGGUAAAUAUAUUGAAGUCUGAUUUUUCUGAUUCAAACUUGUUCCAUUGGGUAAGCACUGGGAAAAGCAGAGGAUUUUUGGACUUGAAAAUUCAUAAAGUAAGAAAACUGAUCUCCAUGAUCAAACAGAGAAUGGAUUAUGGUAUUAACAAAUUUUAUAUUCAGGUGUGCAGCUAGAAACUAUCAUGCACUAGUGAACCAAUAUUAGAUUAUGUACAUCUUUUCGGAAAUGUUUCAUAAUAGCUUUAAGCGUUGAAUUAUAGGCAGAUCAUACAUUAAUCAUUCAGCUGAAUAAUCAAU